AUGGAGAUCCGGCAGCACGAGUGGCUCUCGGCCUCCCCCCACGAGGGCUUUGAGCAGAUGAGGCUGAAAAGCCGCCCCAAGGAGCCCUCGCCGAGCCUGACCCGAGUGGGCGCGAACUUCUACAGCAGCGUCAAGCAGCAGGACUACAGCGCCAGCGUCUGGCUCCGGAGGAAAGACAAGCUGGAGCACUCCCAGCAGAAGUGCAUCGUGAUCUUUGCACUGGUGUGCUGCUUUGCCAUUCUCGUUGCAUUGAUAUUUUCAGCCGUGGACAUCAUGGGAGAGGAUGAGGAUGGGCUCUCAGAAAAAAAUUGUCAAAAUAAAUGUCGAAUUGCCCUGGUGGAAAAUAUUCCUGAAGGCCUUACUUAUUCAGAAAAUGCACCAUUUCACUUAUCACUUUUCCAAGGCUGGAUGAAUUUACUCAGCAUGGCCAAAAAGUCUGUUGACAUAGUAUCUUCCCAUUGGGAUCUCAACCACAGUCAUCCAUCAGCAUGUCAGGGUCAACGUCUUUUCGAAAAGUUGCUCCAACUGACUUCUCAAAAUGUUGAAAUCAAGCUAGUGAGUGAUGUAACAGCUGAUUCAAAGGUAUUAGAAGCCUUGAAAUCAAAGGGAGCUGAGGUGACCUACAUGAACAUGACUGCCUACAACAAGGGCCGGCUGCAGUCUUCCUUCUGGAUUGUGGACAAACAGCAUGUUUACAUCGGCAGUGCUGGUUUGGACUGGCAGUCCCUGGGACAGAUGAAAGAACUUGGUGUCAUCUUUUACAACUGCAGCUGCCUGGUCCUAGAUUUACAAAGGAUAUUUGCUUUAUAUAGUUCAUUAAAAUUCAAGAGCAGAGUACCUCAGACCUGGUCCAAGAGGCUCUAUGGGGUCUAUGACAAUGAAAAGAAAUUGCAGCUUCAGUUGAACGAAACCAAAUCUCAAGCAUUUGUGUCGAAUUCUCCCAAACUGUUUUGCCCUAAAAACAGAAGCUUUGACAUAGACGCCAUCUACAGUGUAAUAGAUGAUGCCAAGCAAUACGUGUACAUCGCAGUCAUGGACUACCUGCCUAUCUCCAGCACAAGCACCAAAAGGACUUACUGGCCAGACUUGGAUGGGAAAAUUAGAGAAGCGUUAGUUUUGCGAAGCGUUAAAGUUCGACUCCUUAUCAGCUUCUGGAAGGAAACUGACCCCCUCACAUUUAACUUUAUUUCAUCUCUUAAAGCUAUUUGCACUGAAAUAGCCAACUGCAGUUUGAAAGUUAAAUUUUUUGAUCUGGAAAGAGAGAACGCUUGUGUUACAAAAGAACAAAAGAAUCACACCUUCCCUAGAUUAAAUCGCAACAAGUACAUGGUGACGGAUGGCGCAGCUUAUAUUGGAAAUUUUGACUGGGUAGGGAAUGAUUUUACCCAGAAUGCUGGCACAGGUCUUGUUAUCAACCAAGCAGAUGUGAGAAACAACACAAGCAUCAUUAAGCAACUUAAGGAUGUAUUUGAAAGGGACUGGUACUCGCCCUACGCCAGAACCUUGCAGCCCACCAAGCAGCUGAACUGCUCAAGCCUCUUCAAACUCAGACCCUCCUCAAAUAAAACUGUCACCAACAACGCAAGUGGAAAGGACCCCUAG